AUUUCAGUUAUCAAAAAUACCCGAUGUUGUAAAUAAACAAACAUACCUAAGAGAGUAUCUACAUAUAAAUUUUUGCUGUUUUUUUUUAUAUUUUAUCCACUAUCAGUUAUACUGUUGUUGAUUUUGUAGGGGCAUUCUACUUCAACCUUGGAAAUCUUCGUCCACAGUUCCGCUCAGUAAUAAACAUGAUACAGCUGGUGGCACUUUGUCCAGUUCCUUACAUAAACACUUAUGGAAUGAACAAAAUACUUCAACCAUUUAUGCGGGAUAUAAGUCUUCUUGAAUCUGAAAUUGGUGUAAAGAUCAAAAUAGAUGGGCAAGAUAACAUCUUUAGGGGAAGCAUUGGACCCUUUGCUUCCGACAACCUUGGGGCACAUUGUAUUGGUGGAUUUAUAGAAGGUUUUAAUGCCUUUAGAGUUUGCAGAGUCUGUAUGGGUACAAACAAUGAUAUUCAAACAAAGUUCACUGAGAACCAGUAUCAACUGCGAACAAGAGCAGGCCACAACAGACACUGCCAGCUGGUAGAAAAUGAUAAAACUUUAUCUACAACAUAUGGAGUAAAAAAGAUGUCCCUCCUUAAUCGGUCCCGUUUUUUCCAUGUGGUAGAUGGACUUGACCUUGAUGUCAUGCAUGACCAACUUGAAGGGGUGCUGCCCCUUGAGAUUAAGUUGCUGCUGCAAAAGUUCAUUUCAGUGGAAAAGUACUUCACACUUGACAUCCUCAACAGAAGAAUGGCUGCUUUCAGUUAUCCUGUGGUUGAUGCAUGCAAUAAGCCAAGUGCUAUAAAGCAGCAGGCCUUAUCUUCUGAUUCUACCAGUUUAAAUCAGUCAGGUAUGUUUAAGGCUACCUUGCCAAUUUUGUUGCACUUUUUAUCUUUUAAGGUUUCUCUUCUGAUUCAGACUGACAAAGAAACAAAAAAUAACUUUUGGAAUUUAUUUGAUCAAUUAUUAUUUUUACGAUUAUCUGUCUUGUGCUUGUUUUCAUUAGCCUCGCAGAUGUGGUGCUUGGCACGAAUGCUUCCUCUCCUUAUUGGGGACCUCAUUCCUGUUGAUGAUAAACACUGGGAAAACUUUCUCAGGUUACUUAAAGUGGAAGAGAUUGUGUUUGCUCCAAGAACAAGUGUUCAGUUAGCAGCAUAUCUUGCAGUUCUUACUGAAGAGUACCUCGCUGAAUUCAGUGAACUUCAUGAAAGAAGACUGAUCCCAAAGCAGCACUAUAUGGUCCACUAUCCAAGGCAAAUUGUGAGAAGAGGACCAUUGGUGAGGAAUUGGGCCAUGCGAUUUGAGGCAAAGCACAAUUACUUUAAAAGGCUGGUGGAGAGAAUUAAUAACUUUAAAAAUAUCAGUUAUUCUUUGGCAAGGCGCCAUCAAGCACUCCAGGCAUAUUUGCUCCAGUCUUCUGCGGGAAAUUUCUUACGAAUGUCACUGGAAGUUGGACCAGGGAGAAAAACAACUGUUCUUGAAAGUGGCUUUUUGGAGCCUUUGCAAGAGAUGUAUCCAGAAAUAUCUGGCGAUGACACACUAACAAGAACCACGUGGGUCAAAGUAUAUGAUACUAAAUAUUGCAGGGGCUUUGUUAUUAUUGUUCGCAUUUGGUGUGGCAUUCCAAUUUUUGGAGAAGUAAAGGAAGUUAUAAUUUUAGAUGGACAUAAAGUAAUUUUGCAAUAUACAACUUUAAGAGUCCUUGAAUACAUCACUCAUUUGAAUGCCUUCAAAGUUGUGUCAAGAAAUGAGGUGUCGUAUGUGAAGCAAGCAGAGCUUGUUGAUUUUCAUCCUCUUGGGAAGUGCAAGGGUUUUGGACGCUAUGCCAGUAAUGACUUUAUUGCCCUAAAAUAUAGAGUCGACUGCUUGCAAUAAUGCAUUUAAAAACAUGCAAUUAGUGAAAGAAGUAGAAAAUAACACUUACAAGUUUUCUUUUUCAAAUGUUUCUAAGGAUGAUCUUCUCUGCUAACCAUUAGGUCAACAUUUCAAGUGUCACUCUCUAUUAGAAUGCCUCCUUUAUUGUGCUAAAUUAAAGUGAUUGUUUCAAGAAAUAUAAGUUAGUUGUUAUUAUCUAUUAAACACAGUUAUUGCUUAAGCGUAAAGGAAAACUUUGUAGUACUGUAUUAAACAACAAAAUCUUGAUGUGAUGUUCCACUGGUAAUUUAUAAUUGACACUAAGAAAUGUUUUUAAUACCCCUUGAAGGCCUGCUGUCCUUUGCAGGGUUACACCCCCAUCCCCAACCUGUCCAGCAGUAAAUUCAUUGAUACCGAUUUAUACAUCCGGGGGACGAAAGGCAGUGUGAGAGUAAAAUGUCUUGCCCAAUAACACUACGCAGUGCCCCAAGAGGGCUUGAUUACAGACUGCUUGAUCAGGAUUUUAUUGCAAUAGCCAUUAGGCCACACUGCACCUCCCACUUUGUCACUUAGAAUGUUGUUAGAGUGAGCCCUUUUAAUAGCUUUGAUUACACUAUACAGCUAUAGAGACUGAAUAAACCAUGUCCACUUCUCUGAAAGUGCAUUUCUUAUACACACGGGAUAACGGAGGUUUGAAUACAUCUGCUUAUACCAGUCCUGAUAUUGGUAUAUAGGUACAAAAAUUAUUACUGUGUGCAUGCAAUAAAUAAGAUUGUGACUGUUGGUCCUCAUCAACAAAGCAAUUCCGCGGUUUUGAUAGUGGAAAGUGUCAGCCACUUCCUCGGCCUAACUCCAGAAGAAGGGGCACUGGUUCAGGACUUAGGCCAAGAAGACGGCUUACUCCACUCCACCGCUUUGACUAAACUUAAUUGUUGCUAUCCAUUACUCGUAUGUGAGUUGUGUGCACUCAACCUUUUGAGUAAAAAUACUCUUCAUAUCUUUUACUCAAAAUAAAGAGUGUGUUCUACUCACUAUUUUGUGCAUUAAAUAGUACUCAAAUCGUGAGUAACUUCACUCAUUAUUUCUAGUAAAAUAACCCUUUUACUCAGAAAAAUGAGUGUGUUUCACUCAAUCCAAAAAAGGCCUUUUUUGCUGUGCUGAAUUAAGUGAUAUUUAAAAAUAUUUUAUCUUGCAGUAUGUCAUUAAGAAAUUCUGUGAAUUG